AUGCCACCGAUGACGAGCCUUGCGGCAGCACGUGACGCCAAAGAACACCCCCCUGCCCCCGAGCGCAUUCACCAGUUGAAGCACGACAGCUCCGUCCUCGCCAUUGCUGUCGACGACGAGUUCAUCUUUGCCGGAACCCACGAUGGCGAGAUCCUGGCAUGGUCGCUUGACACCUUCCAGCUGGUCCAUAGGAUACAGGCUCACAAGCGCAGCGUGCUCUGCCUGACCCUCUCGACAGCUUCCAGCGCGUCCGCCGCCGCCGCCGCCUGCGCCGAGCCGCCGUCUGAAUCCUCGCCCACAGCAGAAGCCGCCAGCUCGGAAAAGCCACAAGCGCUGCUCUUCUCCUCCGCCGGCGAUGCCAUCAUCAGCGUCUGGUGUCCUCGCACUCUCAAGCGCCUAUACGAGAUUUACAGCCCCCACGACGUUGGCGAUGUCUUUAGCGUCGCCUACUCUCCGCAGAACGACACCGUCUACAUCGGCGCCCAGAACACCACCAUCCAGUGGGUCAGCCUAAACGACCCUGCCGCCCGCGCACUGCACGAGUCCUCCAAACACCCCGACCGCCGCUACCACCGCUUCUUCGACUCCAAGGCCGUCGGCGGCUCUAGCACACCGCGCCGUAGCGACCAACGGUGGGACCAGAUCCCCCGCGCCCAGACGGUGCUCGAGAUCGACGAGGAGUCGAUUCACGAGUUUGCGCACUAUGGCUACGCUUACUGCAUGCUGAUGGCGCGGGCGCCCACCGUCCGCGUGGAGCCCGACGAGGACGUGCUGAUCUCCGGGGGUGGCGACGGCACUAUCAAGCUUUGGCGCCUCCGGUCCCGGGAGGCGGCAGCCAACGGAUCCGAGGAACACGCAUCGACGACGGGGAUCCAGGAGAUCAUGGUGCUGGGCAUCGAUGAGGGUGAAUCGGUCCUUUCUCUGGCCGUUGACGGGUCCUUCCUCUACAGCGGGAAGAUUCACGGUGUCAUCGAGCUAUGGGAUCUGGACACGAAGCAGAAGUUGCGCGUCAUCAAGGCGCACCGGGCAGAUGUCAUGACAUUACAGCUGCAAUGGGGAUUCUUGUGGAGCGCCGCAGCUAACGGCUCGGCAACAUGUCUCAGCCGUUGGCCUGCCCACAACGGCAAAAUUCUUUCGUCUGCCGUGACUUCGUACAAGGGCGAGAGGUUUUUCAUAACAGGUGCCAAUGACGACAAUGUUUGUGUCUGGAGGGUGAACAAUGACGCUGCGAAGGACUCAGAAGACGCUGCCCCCGAGACCAAGGACGUCAUGUUCAAGUCACUCCAGCAGUUCGUUUCCUUUAAAACCAUUUCUUCCCGACCAGAAUACGCCGAGGACUGCCGUAGAGGUGCUACCUUUCUCUGCUCCUUGUUCAAGCGGCUGGGAGCCGAGGUUGAGAUGCUCUCUAGUAACGACAAACUGCACAACCCUGUGGUAUACGCCAAGUUCUCGGGGCAUCUUGAGCCCGCCGAGAAACGCAAGCGGAUUCUCUUCUAUGGGCACUACGACGUGGUCCCGGCCGACGCUAACGAGGGCAAGUGGACAAGUGACCCGUUCACUCUGACCGGCACAAACGGGUACUUGUACGGGCGCGGCGUGUCAGACAAUAAAGGCCCUAUCAUUGCCGCUCUUUAUGCCAUAACAGACCUUAUGCAAGCCAAACAGCUGCAGUCGGACGUGGUCUUUCUCAUCGAAGGCGAGGAGGAGUCUGGAUCGCGAAGCUUCAAGGAGACGGUCAGAAGACACAAGGACCUUAUUGGCAACGUAGACUACAUCCUGCUCGCCAACAGCUACUGGCUCGAUGACGAGACUCCCUGCCUUACGUACGGCCUGCGCGGUGUGCUCCACGCCACCGUCUGCGUGGACUCGCGCCACCCAGACCUGCACUCGGGCGUCGACGGCUCGUACAUGAUGGCAGAGCCGCUCUCUGACCUCACUCUCCUUCUCGGCAAGCUCAAGGGACCCGGAAACCGCGUGGCCAUCCCGGGCUUCUACGAGGGUAUCCUGCCGCUCUCGGCCGACGAGGAGAGGCGCUACGACGCCAUCGCGGCGAUCCUGAUGCGACGCAGCCCCGAGAACGGCCCGCCGGAGCAGCUCAAGCGCAGCCUGAUGGCGCGCUGGCGCGAGCCCAACCUCACCAUACACCGCUACAAGGUGUCGGGCCCGGACGGCAGCCUCGUCAGCAGCCACGCGAGCGCAAACAUCUCGCUCAGGCUCGUGCCCGGGCAGGAGGUGGACGCCGUCACGGCCGCGCUCCGGCAGUUCCUCGAGGGCGAGUUCAGGGCCAGCGAGAGCGACAACGCGCUCAGCAUCCGCAUAGACAACCAGGCCGAGCCCUGGCUAGGCGACCCCGCGAACGAGAUCUUCCGCACCCUAGAGCGCGCCGUCGUCCAGGCCUGGGGGCUGGACGGGUCCGCCAGCGAGGACGGGGAGGAGGGCAGGGACGAGGGCAAGGAGGAGAGUGUCGCAGUUGAGGCGGGUAAAGAUAAGCAGGAGGAGCAGGUAAACGGGAGCCAAGAGGCCUCUCCCAAGGCGGCCGAGCAGCAGGCUCCCAAGAGCAGGAAGCCUUUGUAUAUCCGAGAGGGCGGAUCCAUCCCAGCCAUCAGGUUUUUGGAGAAGGAGUUUGGCGCCCCCGCCGCCCACCUCCCGUGCGGCCAGGCCAGCGACGGCGCUCACCUGUUCAACGAGCGGUUGCGGGUGCUAAACCUGCUCAAGAGCAGAGAAAUCUUUGGCGAGGUGUUUCGGAGCUUGUGA